AUGAAAGAUUCAACCUUCGCCAUCACCACUUGUAGUAUUGCUGCCGCGAUUGGUGUUUCCCUAUUUUUCUUACGUCGAUACUUUGCUGGUAGAUAUUGCAACAGUAAGGCGAUGAUGCAUCAGAAAACUAUCAUCAUCACCGGCUGCAAUACUGGCAUCGGCAAGGAAACGGCAAUCGAUCUGGCAAAACGAGGAGCACGCGUUAUCAUGGCUUGUCGUGAUGAUCAGCGUGGAUUACAAACCGCUCAACAGGUUCGCCAGCAAAGCGGUAACAACAAUGUUACCUACAAACACUUGGAUCUUGCAUCUUUUGCUUCUAUACGUCAAUUUGCCAAUGAUAUUAUUGAUAAUGAGAAACAAAUUUCUGUACUAAUCAACAACGCAGCUGAGCUCAUG